GUAAUAGCAGCUACAAAACUGAAUAGUAGAAGCCUUCCUUGACAGUGAGAGGAGUUCGUCAGUUCUGGGGCUCCUAAUAACCCUGUGGCGGUCGCAUGGUGUACGUAACUGCUGGCAUUACCCAUUGGCUAAGUGCAUAUCCCGUAGAAAGGUAAGGGCUUGACUGUGGCAACAAACCUUCAGAGAGACAAGAGGGCUGAUGGGCAGCACUACAAGGGCAUAUAUAAUGCUGUGAAUGUUACAUCCCUCCCCAGCAGUGACCUUAAGCAGUUGCUUUCUCUAGACCUUUGGCCCUGUCCUGAGCAGUGUAUCAGCCAAAACUACCACUGCCUCUCUGAAUUUAAAAUGCUUACUGUACUAUCCCUACACUUACUACACACAUGCCUGACAGACUAUCCUGAUUCUUUAAAGCUACAUACUUUGAAAAGUGCCUCCAUAUACCUACCUGUCCUGAAUUAAGUCACAUCCAUUUCAUAUUUUUAUGAGCAUUUUUGAGAAGACUUUAGUGAAUCUUCCCACUUAUCUUUCCCUGUUCAUUCUACUUGUUAAUCUAACACCAUUGUUUGUCAGUGGCUUUGGCUGAGUUAUCUUCAUGAGGUGCUCUCGCCACACUCACUGCAAGACUGACUUUGAACAGGAAGAGAAAGCAACUGAUAAGGGAAGGAUGUGCUUCUGCAACAUUUUGAGUCUGAAGCCCACAUAACAAGGGACAAGCAUUCACUGGAAAAAUGGAAGAACAAAGGAAGGAACAAGAAAUGCACCAAGAUAGGCGGUUCCUAGACAGCAAAUGCAGAUGCUACAAAGUCUUAUGGCUCAGAACUUCUCCAGAUUUACACCUCAGCACCCAUUUCACAGUUUGCAUGAUUCUGUCUGGGGGAAUGGAAGAAGUGCACACCUUUACCAAGAUGCCAGCCUAUCCUUUCUACUUAAUCUCUGUGCUAAGAAAAAACUUGCCAACAUAUCUGAAUUUUUGGAAGGCUGCUCCUUGUAUCUUUAAAUCUUCAAAAGCAGAAAAUAUUCCCAAUCUCAACGAUGAGAUGGUGCGUGCUCCCCUUCAGACCUUAACAGAAGAAGAGCAACUGCUGAAAGAAACAGUGAAAAAAUUUGCUCAAGAACGAAUUGCCCCUUUUGUAAAAAAAAUGGAUGCUGAUGGAAAGAUAGAAGAAUCUGUACUUCAAGGAUUGUUCGAACUAGGGCUGAUGGGUAUCGAUCUUGGGACAGAGUGGGGAGGAACUGGAUCUUCAUUUUUUUCCACCAUCCUGGUGGUAGAAGAAUUGGCCAAGGUUGAUGCAGCAGUAGCUCUUAUAUCUGAGCUCCAAAAUACAUUAAUUAAUAGAUUACUUAUUGUACAUGGAACAGAAAAGCAAAAGAGGACCUACUUGCCUAGACUGGCUAAAGAUAUGGUGGGCAGUUUCUGUCUUUCAGAGGCUGGAUCUGGCAGUGAUGCAUUUUCUUUAAAGACUCGCGCUGAAAAGAAGGGAGACUAUUACAUUAUCAAUGGCUCAAAGAUGUGGAUUAGCUCUGCGGAGCAGGCUGGAAUGUUUUAUGUCAUGGCAAAUGUAGAUCCUUCUUUAGGAUAUAGGGGAAUUACAUGCUUCAUAGUAGAUCGUGAUACAGAAGGACUAUGUGCAGGGAAGAAAGAGGAUAAACUGGGACUCAGAGCAUCUUCUACAUGCCCAGUAACAUUUGAAAAUGUUAAGGUUCCUGAGACCAAUAUCCUGGGACAGCUUGGACAAGGCUAUAAGUAUGCAAUCGGAAUGUUAAAUCGGGGCAGAAUAGGUAUUGCUGCGCAGAUGUUGGGGUUGGCACAGGGAUGUUUUGACCAAACUCUUCCAUAUACAAAGGAAAGAGUCCAGUUUGGGAAAAGCAUAUUUGAUUUCCAGGGAAUGCAACAUCAAAUAGCUCAAGUGGCCACUCAACUGGAAGCUGCCAGGUUGCUGACUUACAAUGCCACCCGACUUGCAGAAACUGGAAAGCCAUUCAUAAAAGAGGCAAGCAUGGCCAAAUACUAUGCUGCAGAGGUUGCAACAUUGACAACUAGUAAAUGUAUUGAAUGGAUGGGUGGAGCAGGAUUCACAAAAGAUUACCCAGUUGAAAAGUAUUACCGAGACUGCAAGAUUGGCACAAUAUAUGAAGGGACUUCGAAUAUCCAGUUGAGCACCAUUGCAAAAUGUAUAGCUCAAGAAUACUGAAAACCCCAAGGAGCUCUUGAUUAUUUUAGGGCUGAUUUCACUGAAAAUUAGAAUCAGCAUGUCUCAGUGGUGAAAUGGUACAUUAAUUUCCAAAUUGUGGGUUAAAAAUGCCUGAUCAUUGAAUUUACUUCUUAAUAUGCUUCUAAAAUAAUGAAAUCAUUUAAAUGAUUGGACUGUUUCAGAUUCAAGAAGCAUGUCUUGGGUCUGGCAAAAAUAAAUGAACAAUGAAACGAGAGGCCAAAUCUUUGGCUUAAUUUCACAGUACAAAUGGCACUUACCGUGAUCUCAGCAAGGCAACUGAAGAUUUUCCCCCAGCACAGAAGAAUUAUGGUUUGAUAUAAAAAUUGUGGGUUGCUACCUGUUUUCCUUCAGUGGCAUGUGACAGGGGAAAUGACAAGUAUGUAGGCAUGGCAGGAUACAUCUGUGGAGUUCAGUACUCCUUCCUGUUUGGUGGAGCAUUUUGUCUGGGACUGCUUCAACUGGGGUAAUUCUGAGAGCAGCCCUUAGCUUGUUGUGAAUUGUAUCUGGGCAGCUUGGCCCUGCCAGGCCCAGUUGGGAAUAUUGAAAGGUGAUUAAUAGCCACCUGCUAGCCUAUCCUCUUCUUAGCUAUUAAGGAUUUUAAUCUAAGAGGCUAUUUAUAUCUCCCUCUUUUAAAAGUUAAAAGUUAAAAUCUUUGUAAAAUGUGUUAAAGAAUCAUUCAUUUAUAUAAUGAACAGAUUAAGUGAAAUUUUGCAGAACUAUUAGGGCUUUUUGCAAAGGACAGAGAGAUAAGGUAGUUAAUAGGAAAGCUGUAGGAAUACUUAUCACUUAUGAUCCCUUCUAUGUUCCAUGCUCAGAAUUAAUGUUUCCCAAACAUUAAUUCUUAUAACCUUCCUGAAGGAAGGUGCUAUCAGGUUCCAGACGGGGGAGACUCACUUGUAGAAAUUGAAGUAGCUCAACGAAUAGGGAUGUUUGUAUCUCUUAUGUCCCAAUGAUACAAAGGCUGAAAAGCCUGAAUCACAAUUUUUCCCAUUUGUUGUAUAGCAAUGUUCAGGUUCCUGGUUAGUGUACCCUGAUGGGCCUUUUUCCCUCAGAAGAUUCUUCAGUGAUCAGAGAACUAAUAAAUGUAGAUAUCACAAGAAUCAAGAGGUUGAAAACUGAGCAACUGAGAGUGAUUUUAAACUGUUUACCAGUUUAAUGGAAGAUAAGCCUUUGUUUAAAAUUCAGAAUUGAAAUGAAGUUUGAGAGUCCUCCCAUUGUCCUCCAGCAGAAACAGAGCAGGGCAGAUUUAGCCUUCUUGUUACCCAUUUUCCAGUAUAUAAAGAAAUAAAAAAUGCACAGUGCCAUUUUUAUUUUUUUUUAAUUUUAGAGGUCUCUUUUUUUAAAUAUUUUUUUUUACUUUUGCUAAGCCAGAAAAGGAGGUCGCAGCAGUGAUUUUAAAAUUUGAUACUUCCUUAGUGCCAAUCAUGUGCUUCUGCUGUGUACCAUUCCUCCCUCUAUGGUUGUGUCUCUUCCUACUUGCCAACAAAUGCUUAAUAAAUAAGGGUGACACUUGUCCCAUUGCUGAACAGUAUGAGCAGCUCAGUAUUAUUUGAUCAGUGAUUUUGGGCUGUUUGUAGGUUCAUUUUCAGUUGAAUUCAAAGAAAGUUCAAUCAGAAUUAAGCCUCAUAUUCAGUGUACCAAUUAUCUUGAUUUACUCCACUUCAGCUAGCUCAAACAAGACUAGCCACAUUGCAAAUCACCUGAGCUAGAUAGAACGGUUUGAAAAGCAGCUGAGGAGCUGUCCCAGCUUGUGCUCUACUCUCCAAUUUCAUCCUCAGUCUUUCACUAGUUUAAGUCAGCAGCAUUCAAGCUUCAGCCUGUAUCCCCUUACUAGGGACAGAAAUUACACACAAACCAGUUUAAGUGAUCAGAAACUGGUUUAAACCUGUAAAAGAACAGAAGUUCAGUGUAUAUAAACCAGUUUCAAAAUGGCUGAAACUGGUUUAAGAUAAA